AUGUCCCCCUUCAGUUAUUCCCCAUCUCUGUGGUGCCUCCCUUUUAGCCUGCAGGAAGAAGUCUGGUGGGGUUCGCCCUAUUGCGGUUGGGGAGGUCCUACGUCGUCUGGUUUCCAAGUAGGAGUGGGAAUUCCCAAUGGGGCUGAAGCUAUUGUCCACUCCAUCAAGCUUCUCCUCUCAGAGUCAUCUAUUCCCCCUGGCUCUAAGUUCUGUUUGUCUUUAGAUUUUUCCAAUGCCUUUAACACCAUUGAUAGGUCUGUCCUCUUCAAGGAAAUCCGGUCUCGUAUCCCAUCUCUCUCCCGAUGGCUUGAAUGUUGCUAUGGAGAUCAGCCCCGCCUUCUCUUUGGUGAUUACACCAUCCUUAGCUGUUGUGGAGUCCAACAGGGUGAUCCUCUUGGCCCCCUUGCCUUCUCCAUCCUUCUUCUUCCUCUCAUUGAAAGGAUCAAGGCUGAAGUCCCUGAGCUUCUCCUUCACGCUUGGUACCUUGAUGAUGGUAUCCUUUGUGGCUCACCUACUGCUCUGCUGAAGGCACUUGAUAUCAUUGAUGAGGUUGGACCCUCCCUUGGCCUCUCCCUUAAUCAAUCCAAGUGCCUUAUUUUUGCCCCGCCAGCCUCCCUGCCUUCCUCGGUCCCUCUUCCUGAUAACAUUCCCUUCACUUCAGAUGGCUUUGUUGUUCUGGGUGCUCCUGUGGGCCCUCCCAACUUUUGUGUUUCUGUCAUUAGGAUGCGAAUUGAGAAAAUCUUCUUUGCCAUUGAACCUCUCUCCCUCCUUGAGGAUGCUCAUUCAGAAUAUGUCCUCCUUCGGUCCUGUUUGAGCCUUCCUAAACUUCAAUGUGUUCUUCGUUCCACUUCUCCUGAAGUCCUUCUCUCUAUUAUUGGUACGUUUGAUGAGCACAUAGCCCUGUGCCUGUCUAAUUUAAUUGGAGGUGGCCUCUCUCCUUGGUCUCUUCUCAAGGCUACUCUCCCUGUUCGAUUAGGAGGGAUAGGUCUUCGUCAGGCUUCUCUUCAUGCUCCUGCUAUUUUCUUGGCCUCAGUGUCUGCCUGCUCUCCUCUUAUCCUCUCCCUUUCAGGGUUGGAG